CACCGAUGGACCCCUUAUUUCUGCUGCUUUACUACCUCAUAAAGGCAGACAAGGAGGAUGGCCCAGCAGAAGUAAUUGCACGAGGAAUAGUUCAGCUCAUUCUCUAGGCACUCUGCUCUCUUCAAAUUCAGCAUCCCUUUGAAAGCUUUAUACCAAACCUAAAUUAGGGACACAGUAAAUCUCCUCUGUCUACGUGGUAGAGUGUUGAGGUAGCCUGAAUAAAAGACAACUACUGCUGCUAUUUCCCUGCCUGGGAAGCAUCAUGUACCGCCCUUUGCUUUCUUGGUACAUUGUUUUCUAGGUUUCUGGUUUUCUAGGCCAAGCAUGGUGCCAGAUAAAUGCCAUAGAGCUGUUCUGGGUCCUAAAUCAGGGCAAAUGCAUUCCUGCAGUGCCCUGCCUAAGUUAGCCUAUUCUUUAGUAAAGGGAAGUCUUGAGGAUUGUGUUCCAGAUACUUCAUGCAAGGCCAGCUUGAAUGCAGCACAGUCACUUGGCUUGAACUAAUGGGUGUCGAAGUACCCACUGGGUAUGUUAGGAUCAUCGUUUGCACCAUUCGUUGGUUUUGAUAGUGUGGUGAAGGGUUGCUUAAUGUGUCUUCUGAGCAGAGCCGUCUCCUAUCCAGCAGGCUUUCUUGGCUUAGUAUCUCUUCUACUGCACAGUGUAAAUGUGGCUGUCUUGUUUUGGGACACAAACAGGUUUGUGCAGCAACAAGGAAAGUUUCAGCCACUCGAUCAAGUUGUGCUAGACUCAGACUAUCCUAACUGCCCGUUGCUGCUGAAGUGUGCAGAUGUUAAACAGUACAUACACCAUAUAACAGAAGUAAAAGAGAUUGGCAGCCAGAAAUUCCACAAAUACAGCCAAGAGAAGACACUGAAGUGGUUAAAGAAAAAGGUCAAUCAAACAGUGAAAGCACUUAAAAGCAACAAUAUAACUGUAGGCGAAAGGGUAUAUGCAGCUACAUUUAUCAGCAGUAAACAGAUCACAGAUACUGAAGAAGACUAUGUACGCUAUGCCCAUGGGUUAAUAUCAGAAUAUAUUCCUGAAGAUCUGAGUAAGGAGUUGUUAAAAUACUUAGGGCUCCCAGAACUUAAAAGCCCAGCAGCAGAGCCACCAUUGAAGAAAAGGAAAUUAUCAGAUGGCCCUGUGGAAGCAGAAGAAGACUAUACUAAGUUUAACAGCAGCAAUCUGAAAACCAAAAAGGCAAACAGCAAGAUGUCUGCAGCGCAGAAGGCUUUGGCCAAAGUUGAUAAGACUGGAAUGAAAUCAAUUUCUGCUUUCUUCAGCUCCAAACCUAAAGCAUCAAAAUAAAGGCUUGUUCUUGAAUGAGUUUUAUACAGUAGUUAUUUUUAUGUUAAGCUAAAGAUGUCUCCUGGGGUUUUUUGUUAGUAUAUUAUGUGCAGGACAUGUCUGUGUACAUGGUGGAGUUUGUGAGUGAGCGCGGGACAGAGCUGUUAUGCCUCAGCUGGGCAAGGAGGUACCAUGCAGAUAUUCCAGCCUGGGUCAGGAAGACAGCCUUGUUGCAUUAGCAACAUGGUCCUAUGAACCAAGAAGCAAGGUUAAACCAUACUGUACUGCUGCUUGUUCUAGAGCAAGCUCAAUCAAGGCUACCACAGGGUUUUCUCCAUUGCACUCCAUUCCAGGCUGGAAGCAUGCCCUUGUUUGAGUUUUUAAGGAGUUUUUUUCAUUCAUAAGGAGCAUUAUUUUUUGAGAGUUUAUGGAGAUUUUUACCCAGUGUAACACCAGAGUAGGAUGUCAUCAUUAGGUUUUUAUGUUGACCCAAAUCUAAGUGCUGAUGUAAGUGUUGUCAUUGGUGGCAAUUUAUCGAGGCAAAGACAGUGUCUGUAUUGGGAUUUGGGUUGGUUUGAAUAUGCUAGAAACAAAUUGCAAUAAAUGUCAAUGGACAUGUAAUGCAAUAAAGUGCUUUGUGUAACAAA